CGCUUUUCCGCUCUCCGGCGGGUAGAUCGAAUGCCCGCAUUGGUAUGAGAUGCUGAUGCACAAAUUGCAGGUGCGCUUUUAGGCUCCGUCGCUGUCAACACUAGCGGUGUUUUGGGUGUUCGAUCAUGGCGUCUGCUCGAGUUGUUGGCACCAGUGCCUGGAGGCGGUUGCUCAGACGGGCUGCGGGGGGAUGCAAAUUUGACACUAUCCAUGGUGGCAUUCGGUCCAUGCAUGCACAGCUACAGCCGGCGUCGCGCGCGGUGUGUUCCCCAGCACGGGAAGGGGGAGCACACAGGGGCCUUUCCACCCUGCUUCAUGCCAAUGGGGGUAUUCUGCACAGCCUGCCCUUGGGUGCCAAAGCCAUCAGCUCACCUGAUGUUGUCUUGGAGCCGCAGUUGAUUGGACCUUCCGCUUGGUUCUCUAGUACACUGUUAAGGCGGGCAGUACAUGGAUCACCCCCGGCGCACUCAGAGGGCACGGUCACGGCGGCGUUUGGGCACAAGGUGCGGCAGGCGUUCGACGAGGAGAUGGCGGAUGCACACAAGCAUGGCGGCCACUCAUCAGACAAAGGCAUUGGUACAGGAACGCGGGAAGCCAUGGAUCCAGCAGUGACUGUUGUAGAUCACGAGCGCCAGGAAGGGGGCGAGACGUUGGUGGUUCGCGUGGUGGAGCGCACUGUGGUGGAGGAGACGGUGCAGGAGCCGGCAAAGCCGGGGGAGCACGGAUAUGGGGCCAAGUACGCUACACGGUCCUUCGAGGAGGGCUUCGGCACGCGCAUGGGCCAGGACGACGAGCAGAAUGAGAAUGACCCUGCGCUGCACCAAGUGGAUGCGGAACACGACCCCACAGCGCAGCCGCAGAAGCCCACGCACGGGGAGGCCAGCUACGGGGACGACUACCACACGCGCUCCAGCGAAGAGGGCUUUGGGACGCGGAUGGGCCAGGACUCGCAGCCCGAUGACCCCAAGCUGCACGAGACGACCAACUAGGUCGCAUGCGAGAGGGCGUGCUACAAGCUUGCCCCCCGCCUCUGUGUGAAGACCCGAUAGGAGGGUAUGUAACAUACUCGAGAGGAAGGCAUGACGAGCUCGAGGGGGUUGUGGCCUAUGUUGAAUUGUAUCAAAGUUGUAGGUUGAUUGAGUUGCAAAAUUGUCGUUGCUUUGCGUUAAGGACGUGACAUUGCCUACGACGGGUGGCUAUGCCUGCAGGGUAGCGCGCAGCUCGUAAACUGCAGGACUGCGGUAUAAAGCGUCUGGCGGGCUCCGUACUGGAUAUGACGGCUAUGUUCUGCGGUUCCUACAUUCGGAUGUGACGAACAUCUCUGACUGACGCCCUUAUCCCGGGGCUUGAUAAAGUAAUUCCUGGAUUGGGAGCAUUUAAAGGAAAAAUGCAUUUGGAUGAUUAGAGGCAAACUGACAUCACGAAGAGGGUAUAGCUGCUGCAAAUGAUGGACACGAUAUAUCAGAAAGUGAUAUCGGUUCAGUAAAUAACUGCUGGCAAAAUGUUCGAGGGACCGUCCCCUCCGGAGUCCCGGAGGUAUUACGCUUCCAUUAUCUUUUAUUUACACACAACAUCCUGAAGUUCCUGGACUGGCGUUACGCCUUUAGGAGGAGCAGAAACCAGUCAGACUGUCAUUAAGGAUAUUGUCUCUGCGGUCCGUAUGAGAUUUAAAUUCCUGACAUUCGUUCUCGCAGUUGACCCCAAUAAGUUCGGACGAUCAAGAUUGCAAGUCGUUAAUUUCGACGAGUCAGA